UUUUCUGACAUGGAAGGCACUGGAGAGAUCAGUGACACUGACAGUGGCAUCAUCCUUCAUUCAGGCUCUGACAGCCCAACCACUCAUACGAAGGAUGUGACAACGCACACACGGGCCAUGAAGAUUAAACACCAGGCCCUCCAAGACCAGCUGGAGAUGUGUUUACUGGAGCUGAAGAAGCUCUGCAUCCGAGAGGCCGAGUUGACAGGCAAGCUGCCAAAAGAUUACCCUCUGCUGCCUGGAGAGAAACCUCCACAGAUCCGCAGACGCAUCGGAGCGGCAUUCAAACUUGAAGAACCAAACAUCCCUGAAAGAUCAGAGGACUCGGAGCUCUGUUUAGUGGACGCUGAGUUGGCACUUCAGAUGAAGAUUUAUGAAGCUGCACGCAAGCUCUGCCAAGAAGAUCACCUGAGCAAGGCUGUUAGGAAAAGCCGGCUGCAGCAGUGCAAAGUCGAGGAGAAAAAAGUCAAGAAGCUUCAAGAAAAGGUCUUCCAGUUGCGACUGGAGCGUGGCCGAUCAUCACCACUCCCUGCUUUCAAUAUUACACAAGAUCUUGGCACAUCUGAUGACAGUUCUUUAUCUGAUUCUGUGGUGCAAGAUGAAGAAGUUGCCAGCCAGUCCUCACAGCGAUCAUUGGGGCUUCUUUAUCCUGUGGAAACGGAUCCUCCCCAGCCUCUCCUCUUGUCCACACGUUCCUCCGUAGACGGCUCCUACAUGUCUCACACUGCGGCUCCUCAGUCUCCGCUGCUGAACUCCUGUCGAUCUCCUUGUCCUAGCCUUGACUCUAAGUCGAGUUUAAAUUCAAGCCCUGCGUAUGACCCCCCUCCCAUCCAACACUCCCCAUGGGCAGAGUCUAGUCUGGACCAACCUUACCAGAAAAGCAAGAAGUCACACUCCUCCAGCAAAACGAGCACUCCAACCAAAUCUGAACUGUUGCCCCCGCUUGAGGUCUGCAUAUUACAAACCAGUUUACCACAGCAGCUGUCCCAUCUGAGGCUGAGCCGCGCCCAGUCAAACAGUACGCCCUCCACACCAGAAAUGCGUGUGCGUAGACAGCUCUCCCUCAGACUGUCCAAUCAUGACUCAUCAGUCCCUAAGGACCGCGGUCGUCCCAGAGGUCCUCGGAGGCGACUCACCGAAUUUGGAAUAACGCUACCAGACGCUCAUUCUCCGACAAUGAGCUUUGUAAACCAUGUCAGUUCUGAGGACAGCAGCUCUGAAAAAUCAUUUUCUUCUUACAGUAGCUCCCCUUGUCAAGAGUUUCCUUCUAAUUUACCUCAUCAGUAUCAGUCUGGAUUCCCUGUUUCUAGCCCAGAUGGCAACUAUGGGCCUCAAGCUCUCCUUUCCUCUAGUUUUCACCAUAAUCCAAGAUACAUGUUCUGUCCCGGUGUGCAGAAAACCUAUUACAAUGAAGAAAUGGUCUACUUGCCUGAAGUAGACAUGACACGGAGUCGUUUCUCUCAGCAAACUCCCAGAUAUGACUAUUGUUACAGAGAAGCUUCUGUACCUCUUCAGAGAGUGCAGAGGCCCCUUCCACCUGAAAUCAGGGUCACCCCACCAGCACACAUGGACUAUCCUCAGUACCGCUCAAACGGUCUCCCUCGCCAAGUAGUGAAUGAGCAACUGAAGUCAUGGCACCUCCGCAGUCAGUUCAAAGCACCGAGGUCUCGUUCUCUGGACAGACAAGGAGCGGUCCGGGUUAAAAGUGGAUCGUUUCGGGAGGCAGCGCUCUACCAAAAUCAGACAUACCAUGAACAAGGUAUUCAAAGAGGAACCUUUCAAAGAGCUGCGGAAGAUACUCACGAGCCCUGGCUCAUAGACGAUGGCACCCACUACAUCAGUCAAGUGUGAAGAGAAGCUACUUUGAACUCUUUCACUCAAAGACUGGAGUUUUCCCAUUCAG